GCGAGGGCUACAUCUUGGCAGUCUGAAGCGAUUGGCUCCUCUCUGGGGAGUGGAGGGUGCUCAGUUAUUAAUGACCGCUGAGCAGGCAGCACCAUGUCAGUGUGACAACUGAUCGGGUGAAGGAUGCACCACUAACCACCAUGGAAACAAGGAGAAAUAAAGCCAGCUCCCGGAAUCUCUCUUCACUGAAUUGAGAGCAUCAGCCUGCCCACUGAGAGAAAGAGUUCCAGGAAAAAGGAGGAAUCCUAGCUGCGGCUUCCUGCCUGCCUUUAUAUUUUAAAAUACAGAGAUAAGAUUGCUUGUGUGUGUUUAUAUCUGUAGUACAUAUCUGUGGAUACUUUAUUACACACACACACACACCCGCACAGGCACGCACCUAUUUACACCCGGGCAAGAACAUAACCAUGUGAUUAUCUCAACCAAGGAACUGAGGAAUCCAAUCCGGCAGGCAGGGACACGGGAGGUGGUCUAGCACGGAAACUGCUUUUCAAGCAACAUGCUGCUACUUCUGCAAAUACUGAACAAGCAUGACAUUUGAAUAUUAUACUCCUAAGUAAAUGAAUUUCCCAGUCUCCUGUGACCAUCCAUACAUACUCCAUCUUCAAAAAGUACAUCAAUAUUACAUCACUAAGGAGACAGUGACUUUCUUUUCUCCAAUAUGCAUGGCAUUUUUGGACAAUGCAAUUGUGGCACUGUCACUUAUUUCCAUGAAGAAAAACUUUGUGGGUCUACGGCAUUCAUCAUUUGACAAAUGCAAGUCUUUUCCUUAUCAAUCAGCUCUUACUGAACUUACUAGCAGUGACUGUGGAAUCCUUAAGGGCCCAUUAAAUUUCUAAAGACGAAAGCUAAGAUGAAGGACAUGCCACUCCGAAUUCAUGUGCUACUUGGCCUCACUAUCACUACACUAGUACAAGCUGUAGAUAAAAAAGUGGAUUGCCCACAAUUAUGUACAUGUGAAAUCAGACCCUGGUUCACACCCAGAUCCAUCUACAUGGAAGCAUCUACAGUGGAUUGUAAUGACUUAGGUCUUUUAAAUUUUCCAACCAGAUUGCCUGCUGACACACAAAUUCUGCUCCUACAGACUAAUAACAUUGCAAAAAUUGAAUACUCCAUAGACUUUCCAGUAAAUCUUACUGGCCUGGAUUUAUCUCAAAACAAUUUAUCUUCAGUCACCAACAUUAAUGUAAAAGAGAUGCCCCAGCUCCUUUCUAUGUACCUAGAGGAAAACAAACUUACUGAGUUGCCUGAAAAAUGUCUGUCUGAACUAAGCAACUUACAAGAACUCUACAUUAAUCACAACUUGCUUUCUACAAUUUCACCUGGAGCCUUCAUUGGCCUACACAAUCUUCUUCGACUUCAUCUCAAUUCAAAUAGAUUGCAGAUGAUCAAUAGUAAAUGGUUUGAUGCUCUUCCAAAUCUAGAGAUUCUGAUGAUUGGGGAAAAUCCAAUCAUCAAAAUCAAAGACAUGAACUUUAAGCCUCUUAUCAAUCUUCGAAGCCUGGUUAUAGCUGGUAUAAACCUCACAGAAAUACCAGAUAAUGCCUUGGUUGGACUCGAAAACUUAGAAAGUAUCUCCUUUUAUGAUAAUAGGCUUAUAAAAGUGCCCCAUGUUGCUCUUCAAAAAGCUAUAAAUCUCAAAUUUUUGGAUCUAAAUAAAAAUCCUAUUAAUAGGAUACGAAGGGGUGACUUCAGUAAUAUGCUACACUUAAAAGAGUUGGGAAUAAAUAACAUGCCUGAGCUUGUUUCCAUCGACAGUCUUGCCAUGGAUAACUUGCCAGAUUUAAGAAAAAUAGAAGCUACUAACAAUCCUAGAUUAUCUUACAUUCACCCCAAUGCAUUUUUCCGACUCCCCAGGCUCGAGUCACUUAUGCUGAACAGCAAUGCCCUCAGUGCCCUGUACCAUGGUACCAUUGAGUCUCUGCCAAACCUCAAGGAAAUCAGCAUACACAGUAACCCCAUCAGGUGUGAUUGUGUCAUCCGCUGGAUUAAUAUGAACAAAACCAACAUUCGAUUUAUGGAGCCAGAUUCACUGUUUUGUAUGGACCCACCUGAAUUUCAAGGCCAGAAUGUUCGGCAAGUACAUUUCAGAGACAUGAUGGAAAUCUGUCUCCCUCUUAUAGCUCCUGAGAGUUUUCCUUCUAAUUUAAAUGUAGAAGCUGGGAGUUAUGUUUCCUUACACUGUAGAGCUACAGCAGAACCUCAGCCUGAAAUGUAUUGGAUAACACCUUCUGGUCAAAAACUCUUGCCUAAUACUCUAACAGAAAAGUUCUAUGUCCAUUCUGAAGGCACGCUAGAUAUAAGCAGCAUAACCCCAAAAGAAGGGGGUUUAUACACUUGUAUAGCAACUAACUUAGUAGGUGCUGACUUGAAGUCUGUUAUGAUCAAAGUAGAUGGAUCUUUUCCCCAGGAUAACAAUGGAUCUUUGAAUAUUAAAAUAAGAGAUAUUCAGGCUAACUCAGUUCUGGUGUCUUGGAAAGCGAGUUCUAAAAUUCUCAAAUCCAGUGUUAAGUGGACAGCAUUUGUCAAGUCUGAAAGCUCUCAUGUUGCCCAAAGUGCUCGAAUACCAUCUGAUGUCAAGGUCUAUAAUCUUACUCAUCUGAACCCAUCAACAGAGUAUAAAAUUUGUAUUGAUAUCCCCACCGUCUAUCAGGCAAACAGAAAACAAUGUAUAAAUGUCACCACAAAAGGUUUGGAUCCUGAUCCAAAAGAGCAUGAGAGGAGUGACACCACAGCACUUAUGACCUGUGUCGGGGGCCUCCUGGGGGUCAUUGGUGUGGUAUGUCUCAUCAGCUGCCUCUCUCAAGAAAUGGACUGUGAUGGUGGACAGAGCUAUGUGAGGAAUUACUUGCAGAAACCAAGCUUUGCAUUCAGUGAGCUUUAUCCUCCUCUGAUAAACCUCUGGGAAGCAGGCAAAGAAAAGGGUACAUCAUUGGAAGUGAAAACAACUGUUAUAGGUGUACCAACAAAUACCUAAAACAACCAACUGAACCUACUUUAAAGAAAAGCUCAAGACUACGGUUGUGCUAAAAGAAAAAAAAGAAAGGCAGAGAAACAUUACUCUCUAAACAGAAGUUUAAGCUUCACCAAUGCUGCUCCCAACAAAUGGAAAUAUGUACAAGGUCAGCAUUUUAAUUAACUGGCUUCAAGGGGCACUGUGGCAACCAAAUACAAUGACUCCAUUUUCUAGAACUUUCAUGGAACUUUUAUGUCUGGAUUACAGUUAAAGUGGACAAAAACAUUUCUGUAUUUUUUUUUAAGUCUAUAAGAGUAGUCGAACUGAGCAAUACCUCCUCCUGUGUUGUAUUACACAUAUUAGCCACGAGUUUUUGCAGUGACCAUAUAAACUUGAAUUGACACGUGGUGUAAUAAAAUGGUCAUAUUCUGUAGAGUAGACACAGUGAGUAUGUGGACUUCUUUUAUAAGGAAAAAUACAUUUUGGAUUAAAAUCAAUUGCUUUUGUCUUGUUUUUGUUUCUAAAUAAAGAAUAAUUUCUGGGAAA